GAAGCGACGAACUUUUAAGUCAAGCUGCAGUUAUGGCGCCCGCUUCCGACAAUAAUAAUCAGGAUUUAGCCACAAAGAAAGCCAAAUUGGAGCCAAGCACUGUUCUUGGCGGAGUUGGCAAACCGUCAAAAGUCAUCCACUUGCGCAACAUUCCAAAUGAGUCCAGCGAAUCAGAUGUCAUCUCAUUAGGUGUACCAUUUGGUCGCGUCACAAAUGUGCUCGUUCUAAAGGGCAAAAAUCAAGCUUUUCUCGAAAUGGCCGACGAAAUAUCCGCGACAUCGAUGGUAUCGUGUUACACCGUCACCCCGCCUCAUAUGCGCGGACGCAUGGUAUACGUACAGUUCUCCAAUCAUCGCGAAUUAAAGACAGAUCAAAGUCACAACAAUACCGCUGUCGUUCCCAGCGAUUAUCGCAUUCAAUCGCCAGCCUCUGGUUCGCCGCUCCCGCUGUGCAACACCGCCACCGCUACCAAUGCCGACGGCACAAUCGCUGUACUGCAGAACAACUCGAAUGCAGUCAAUACUAAUUCCACUGCUGGCGGACCCAAUACUGUACUCCGCGUCAUUGUCGAAUCGUUGCUCUAUCCGGUGUCGUUGGAUAUUUUGCAUCAAAUUUUCCAACGUUUUGGCAAAGUGCUGAAAAUUGUCACAUUUACAAAAAAUAAUUCAUUCCAGGCACUUAUCCAGUAUCCGGACGCCCAUUCGGCCCAGCAUGCCAAGAACAUUUUGGAUGGCCAGAAUAUCUAUAACGGCUGUUGCACUCUGCGCAUCGACAACAGCAAAUUGACUGCUUUGAAUGUCAAAUACAACAAUGACAAAUCGCGCGAUUUCACAAAUCCAUCAUUGCCGCCGGGCGAGCCAGGUGCUGACAUAAUGCCCACCGCUGGGGGUUUGGUGAAUGCAAAUGAUUUACUCCUGAUCGCGGCCCGACAGCGGCCAUCCUUAACAGGUGAUAAAAUAGUUAAAAAUCAAAAUUACUACUUUGCAGUGAAUGGGCUCGGUGCUCCCGGUGUAUUGCCGCCAUUCGCACUAGGCAUUGGUACGCCACUCGCCGGUGGCUAUAAUAGCGGUAUACCGAAUUUAGGCGCCUUUGCGCUGGCCAACAGUGGUGCUCUACAAACAGCAACGCCCGCUUUGCGCGGCUUCUCCAACGUGCUGCUCGUGUCGAAUUUAAAUGAAGAGAUGGUCACGCCUGAUGCUCUAUUUACCCUCUUUGGUGUUUAUGGAGAUGUGCAACGUGUGAAAAUCUUAUACAACAAAAAGGACUCAGCUCUCAUACAAAUGGCCGAGCCACAACAAGCCUAUUUGGCUAUGAAUCACCUUGACAAAUUGCGCUUGUGGAGUAAGGCGAUACGUGUUAUGGCUAGUAAACAUCAGGCUGUGCAGCUGCCGAAGGAAGGACAACCGGAUGCUGGUCUCACACGCGACUACUCACAGAAUCCAUUGCAUCGAUUCAAGAAGCCAGGCAGCAAAAAUUAUCAAAAUAUUUAUCCACCAUCGGCCACAUUGCAUUUAAGUAACAUUCCAUCAUCGUGCACUGAGGAAGAUAUCAAGGAAGCAUUCACCUCUAACAACUUUGAAGUUAAAGCAUUCAAAUUUUUCCCUAAGGAUCGCAAAAUGGCGCUACUCCAGCUCUCGUCGGUGGAAGAGGCCGUUUUGGCGCUCAUCAAAAUGCACAAUCAUCAACUUUCGGAGUCGAAUCACUUGCGCGUCAGCUUCUCCAAGUCAAACAUCUAAGAAACUACAACUAUUUUAUUCAUACAGAGAUGCAUUCAGCUGCAAUACGAAAAACAAUACAACAACAUUACAGCUAUGAAAUAAACAGACAAACAAUAGUGAACAGAAAACCGAAAUAGCAGCUUAACAGCAGAGGAACAGUAAAUUAACAGUGUUUGCACAGAAGCAGCAAAUGUAAAUCAAGCUUAGGCGCAACUCAGACGCGUAAAUUAUUCUACAAUAGGGGACACAAGAACGACCAUAGAAAAAUAGUAAAAAUCAGCAAACAGUAACAACAAGGAAUCAACAAGGAUUAGUGCAUAUACAUGUAAUUUCAACUCUACCAUUCUACUAAGCAACAACAAAAUUUACAGUGUACUCAAUUCAGUGAUCAAUUGUUUGGUCUCAAAAGAAAAAGAAACGAAAUUCAGACUCUACAAUAAUCAACAAAAACUAUCUCUACACAGCCUAACUGACAGAUAAAUCGAUAUUUCAUAUAUGUAUGUAUGCGUGUGUGCAUAUACAUGCAUGUAUACAGACAUUUUUUAACAUUCACUAUAUUUUUCUAGCAUUAUUCUUACUAUUAUUCAGAAAAUUAUUGCUACUCCUUUUAAUCAUAACUUUAAUUGUAUUAGUGAUAAUAAUCUUUUAGCAUACUAUACAUGCAAACAUACAUAGCUAAAAUCUCAAGAGCAUAUUUUUUCGAAAGAGUUUUUUGCUACGCAGAAAAUCCAGACAAAAAAAUUGCACACAAACAUACAAAUUUCGAAAACCCAACAAACUACCCCACCCAGCAUUUGAAAUUGCUGUAAAAGAUUACAACUACAAAUGUAGAAAUAAUACGGCUUUGGUGUAAAACAAGAAGAGGAAGAAGAAGAGGAAGAAGGAGAAGAAGAAAACAAAAGCAAAACUAAAUCACAUUAAUAGAUACAUUAUAUAUAUAUUUUAUGUAAGCGCAACAAAAUUUUACUUCAAAUUUAAAAAAUAAUAUAAUAAUAAUAAAUAUGUAUUGCGUGUAUGAGCUGAAUUAAGUUGAGUAUUCGCGGAUAUGCAAAAGAGACGUUUAAGUAAGCAACAGCUGAAGAGACAGCAUAUUGCAAAACAUAAAAAUAAAUUUAAAGUAAAUAUAAAAUUAAAAUACAAAUUAAAAAGAAUAUUCUUUUCUUUUUUUUUAAUUAGCAUAGAAGAUGGAAGAGGAGUGAAUGUUAAAUUUAAAAUAAAUAAUAAAUGUUAAAAGCGAAAAAUAUUUUAGAAUGCUGUGUUUCGUUUUAAAAGAAAAUAUACUGAACAAAUAUGCAAAAAAAGCAACAAAAAAAAUAAUGCAAUUGAUUGAAACCAUGAGGAAAUUAAAAAUAAUUCACAUAUAAAUGAGCAAGUGGAGAGACAAAAAAAAUUUGCAGCAUAAGAAGAAUCAAAUAUGACUAAUAUGUAUGUAUAUGUCUUUGCUGAUAAAUGUUAUUACUAAAAUUCUUAUUACACUUAGAACAAACAUAAAUUAUAUACAUACAUACAUAUGAAAUAUUUAAAUAUAGACGAAGUGAAAUAUUAUUAAAAACAGAAAUAACAACAUAAAAAAAUUAAUUAAACGAUAAGAUAACUAUUGCCGUAAGCAACGAAUGUGUAAAGAGAUUUAGAAGGGAAGGCAGGAAAUACACUAGUAAACACACACACACACACACACAUGCGCGCGUGCAAGCAUGCAUUCAGCUACGUAGCUGCGGGCAUAUGGGCAAAUACGAAUUGAGGAAGUAUUGUGCCAGAGAGCAGGGAAAAGUAAGAGCAAAACGCAAAACCAAAAACAAGAGCAAAAGCAAAAUGCAGAAGGGAAAGCAACAGCAAAAAGCAAAAGCAAAAAAGUAAGAGGCAAAUACAAAAGCGCAAGUAAAAGCAAAAGUAAAAGUAAAUAGGAAAAAUCAAAAUGCAAAUGCAAAAGUAAGAGUAAAACGCGAGAGUAAAAACAAAAGCUGAAAUAAAAAAGCAAAAGUAAAAGCAAAAGGCAACAAAACAAAUUCAAAAGUAAGAGCAAAAAAGCAAAAGUAAGAGCAAAAAAAUGCAUGCUUGCACGUAUGUGUGUGUGAUGCACGAUAAUCAACAAACGCGCGCACACAUACACACUUACAAAUGCAUGCAACUGAGUUUACAAUUAUAUCUAUAAGAUAAGUUCCAUACUAAAAACAAGAACGAACAUAAAAGAAAAACAAAAACAAGAAAAAAACAAAAAAUGUAUCACUACUUGGAGUUAUUGAUGCUUGUACACACACAUACAUUACAAAUACGGAGCAUAAAUGCAUAAGACACUGUCUAGAGAAAGACACUGUCAAACAGAAAAGUUCUAGUGUGAUUGAUUUUAUAAUUUUAUCACCUAUAGUAUACAUACAUACAUACAUACAUUUACAUAACUUGAAACUGCUGCAUUUUUAGUAUUAUUCAUUACAGAAAGUAAAACUAAAAUUAUCUCAAAGAAUAUUAGUAAAAGAAAAAAAGCUCUCGACAGCAGCAAAAGUGGGAAAUUUUACAAAGGCAAGAAAAGAGAAGUAGAAUAUUGAAAACAAAACAAACAUAAUUAUAGUACUAAAACAAAGUAAUCAGAACAAAUACAGAUCAGUAUAUUGUAAUAUAUACAUACAUACAUACAAAAUUAUUAGUGUGAAAUGUAUUUUUAUGUAAAAAUCAAUCAAAAAUGUUUGUUCGUUUUAUUAGUAAACCGUAAAAUAAGAAGAAGAAGAAAGAAAAACACAACAAAAACAAACUAAAAUUGAGUACUCUUAUGAAAGGUUCAGUGCUGAUUUGAAUAGAAAAGCUUUAGACGAGUUGAAUGAGAAGCGGUUUGGUAGGUUGAGUAAGGGGAAAUGCAUUUUAAGUAUUCAUACAUGUAUGGAAAAAUUUAAAUCUGUUCAGUUAAGUCAUCAUUGAAUUUGAAUAUAUGAACAACUAUUGUUUUAAAUUUUUGCUUUUUAAAUUAAUAUGCAGCUUUUCAAUUAACAUUUUUCAUAGGAGUUUAUUUGACAAAUUACUUUGACAAACCUGAAGUGAAAAGAAAAAGUGGUGAAAUUUAAUUAAAAAUAAAUGGCAACUUUACUAGAUUUUUUAAUUUUCUUUACAUGUCACGCAAAAAUUAUUGAUCUACGCAGCUUUUAAAGUCGGUGCAAGUCGCUUGACCAUUUCGUUUUGGGCUGGACAGCAAUUUCUGUAAUAUCUUGACGAGAAUUAGAUAGAGCAUUAACUUGAAUUAAUUUGAAGCAUAUUUCACUUUUUUUUUCUUUAUAAAAAAAAAUUUUUUUUUUUUUCAAAAUGAAGGGCAAUAAUUAAUUUAGUUUUUUAUUACCUUACUAAUUACACCCUGGUAUUUUAAUAUAUAUGGCUGGGUGCAAAUUUCAUGACCGAGGGUGUUUUCGAAUACUUCUGCUCAGCGUUAUGUCCAAAGUAAUCCAGUAAAACAUAAAACCCCAAUUAAACAGAUGUGGAAAUAAAACCUAGUACAUAAAUACCUAUAAACCGUUCUAUUUCAUAUGGAAAUACUACUUACACGACGAUUGCUGAUUUAAGACAACGACAGACUCGAAACUAAAAUGUAUUCCAAAAGCAAAAAAAAAUAGUAAAGUAAACAAAGUGAUGUGAACAUUUUAAGAUUAAAAUUCAGACAUAUAAUUUGAAUCUUUCAAUAAUCUGAAUAUUGAAAGCUUUAAGGGUACGUUAAGCGCCAAAUUACCUAGCCUUCAUCCGUAUUAUGCAGCGCAUAAUCUGCUAAAAUGUAAUUUGUUUAAAGCUAUAGCUUUAGCAAAAACAUAUUUUGUAAAAGGUGUUGACAGCCAUUUUCAUGAAAAUUCUCACAAAAUUUCAAGUGCAUAUUUCAAGCUACGCUAAUUUCAAAAAAAACGAUAACACAUUCACAUCAUUAAUCUUUCUGUAAUUCGUCUGUCAUAAUUGCUUUACAAGUACAUUCAAUACAAAGUCAAAGCAUUUUAGUGGUACAUACUGUUAGUGGUAUCUUGCUGUUAGUCCAUUAGAUACCACAGCUGUUAAUGCUGUGGGUGAAGCUGUUAGAUACCACAAUUGUUAUUGGUGGCUGUUGGUCUAUUAGAUACCACAGUUGUUAUUGGUGGCUGUUAGGGUGUUAGGUACUACAGCUGUUAGUGGUAUCUGUUCAUUAGAUACCGAUGCUGUUAGUGGCCCCUUUUGGGCUGUUAGAUACCAUGUCUGCCGUCUGUUAAACGAUCACUAUAGGAUUUAGUCACGCAGCUUUUUACUGAUCACGCAGAAAUUAAUAAAUUUUAAAUGUUAAAAAAUGUGGCACAGAUUAAAAAAUUAUGUUCCAGUCUUUUCGACAUAAUUUGAUCAAGAAGACUUCGCGUAUUUUAAUUGGGUAGUACUACUAUUCCAUUUCGACUAGAAACACACCACAUUUGUAUGCAUACCUAUGCGUAUUCAUAAGGCAUUAUAAAGUUUGAAUUGCAAAGAAUUAAAAAAAAUAUGUUUUGUAAUUGCAAAUUGACGAAGAAAUAUGCUUUAAGUAAGAAAAGAAAUAUAUUUUACUAAAAACUGAAGAAUAGGUAUGAACAGUUAAUUAGCCUCAACCGUUACUCAAUGACUAUUGACGAAGCAGAAAUCAGCUGAAAACUAACACAUACACGAGAAUACAUACAUACAAAUAUAAAUACAUAUUUACAUCAAUAGCAUCGCCAAUCAGCUCAAACAAAUUCACUUUAAAGUGAGCGAAAAUUAGGGAAUAUCUUAAAAAGAAUCAUUAAAAGCCAUUAAUCAAGGGUGCAAAAGUUGGAGCAGGAGGAGGACGCAGUUUUAACCAAAAACAUAAAUGCAUACAAUCCAUGGACCUUGGAUGGUGUGGGUGUGUGUGUGUGUGUCGCUACGGUUGGCGGCCUACUCGUUAAUUGAUGCGACAACAACAUGUUUACAUGCCUAUGGUACUUAUACACAUACAAACAUAUGUAAAUGAGGCACUGCAUGUACCGCCAACAUGGAAAUCAAACCGGAAAACGGUCGUAACUGGUGUUCAGCACAAAUACUACGAUAUACACACAUAUACUUGCAUAUGUAUAUGAAUGUAGCAAAAAAUAUGUAAUACAAAAAAUAAAAAUUAUAAUAAAACAACCGAAAAGUGUGGAUAUAUCAUAAAAUGCAUUACAGUAACAAAACAAAGAAAAAACAAAAAAAUUUACUUUUGAAUGUAUUUGUAGUUAAAUUAAAAAAUUAUAAAUAGACAAAAUGCAAGAAAGCAAAAUUAAUUAAAAUAUAAUAUACAAUAUUAUACAUAUAAUACAUAUAAGAGCAAAAAGUGAGUGUAUUUAAAUUUAUUAACGUAUAUACAUAUACAGACGUAGUUAUAGUGAAAUGAAGACGCAUUAUAGAAUAUGCAAACAAAAACUGACAAUUUUAACCGUGGCGUUGUUGUUUUUUUUCGUUCUUGUUUUUGGAGGAUAAACGCGAACAAAAUAGAAUUUAUUGUAACUCGAUGUUAUAAACAAAUACAAAGGAAAAACAAAAAUCAGCAAAUCAUAAGCGCAAAAGCAGAUGAGAGAAGGUGCAAUGCAUACAAAUUUACACAAACACUCAUAUUUACACAUACACACGAACACAUUUACGAUCAUGCUACACACACAAAUGCAUAUAAUUUUCAAACUAUAAAACAAGCCUGGUGAUAGUCGUGCAUUUUCAUGUUUUAAGCGCUGUUAAUUAACAUUAAAUGAGUUGCAAACAUGCUACAGGCACACAGGAAUACUAACAGGCAUACAUUCGCAUUUGUGUUAUCACCUGUAUUCACUUUGAAACUAGGUAUGUUCAGUUCAGUUCUUCAUUGCAUUGGCCUGUACUGGUGAAAAUUCAUUUACUGCUUUUGCUGGGCUCCAACUUUACAGUCACGCCUUAAAAGUUCUCUUAGUUGUCUAAUGGGACAGCGAAAAUGUUGCAAAAAUUAGCACAAAAUAGCACACUCGCUUGAUUUUGGAUACUUCGAUUCUUAGUGUAUACCAAUUAUUUAUUUUUUACCAACAUCAACCAUCAUCCGCCAUUAAAGGCAAAAACAUGAUCACUAAGCAUACCAACCAAACCAACUGAACCCACUGCAAACAAUCUUUUUCACACAGAGCUGAACAGGGUUGUUAAACUAAAACUACUGAAGAACAAUCGUUGAACACAAAUCAUUUUAACUAAAUAAAAUUUAAAAGAAAUAAAAAACAAAACAAAAAAAUUAAAAUGCAUACAACAAAAAUGUACCGAUGCAUAUACAUACAUAUAACAUGAUAAAAUGAAUGAGUUGCAAAUUAAACAGGAAUUAUAAAAUUAGUAUAAAAUAUUUUAAAAAAUAUUAUAUACAUACAUACAUAUAUUGAAAAUGUAUAAAUUUAAAACAAACAUACAAAAAAAGCGCUUAGAACGUGUACUAAUUAAAUUAGCGAGUAUGUAAAAGGUGAUUGAAAAAAUAUUAAAAAAAAUAAUAAAUAAAUAAAUUUAACUAUAAAAUGUAUGAAAUUUACAAAGCAGAAAAAUCGUAGCCGAUAAAAGAAAAAAUAUGUAUGUAUUAAUGAAAUUAACAGCAAAACAGUUCUAAUACAAAUUGUCGUAUUCAACAAAAUAUUAGAGGAAAGAAGCAAAGUUUAAAAUACAGGAAACUAUGAAACAUGAAUUGAUUUAGUAGAGACUAGAAAUACAUGCAUACAUACACAUACAAGCAUAUGUAUGUAAUAUAAUAUAGUUGAGAGCCACACUUUCACAGCGUGAUGGUUGUUCUAAAGGUCCAACAACCAUUUUACAACUCAGACUCAAAUAUCAAUAAGGGCAUUCAAGAUAGUAACACAGACGAGGCCAAAGUGUAUUUAGCGCUUGAAAGCUAAGCUCGAAUCUACAUUUGCACAUAAAUAUACACACACACAAACACACACAUGCAUACACGUACUGAACACACAAAUCCAAUGCAAAUUAUUAUAUGUAUACCAGAUGUGUGGAAAAAGUGCGGUGUUGUAGCCGAGUUAGGCGGCAUCAACCGAAGGCUCGUCCGAAUUCAUUGUUUGCGAUUUAGCAGAAUCUCUAGCGAAAUACAUCUUAUAUUUUAUUAGAACUGAGUUGAUUAGCAAAAAUUGCGUGUUUGCGCUGGCGCUUUGAAAUUUAGAAAUUAAAAAAAAAAUAAUAAUAGUUUUUAAAGUAAUUUUUUUAGACCAAGGCUUUAUGAAAAAAUUAAUUUUUUUUAAAUUGGAAAAUUGGCUUACGAACAAUAAUAACCUAAUUUCAAGGCAAUUGAUGAGAGUAAAGUUUUAAAUAUUCAUUAAAAAUAGGUACAAAAAUCAACAGCUUUAUAGUAAAAACAGAGUGAAUGGAUUAUAAUCAUAAAUUAUUUUCAAAAUAUUUCAAGAUUUUUCUUUUGGCAACAACAAACACAAUUUUGUUUUUAUAACUACAUUUUGUAACAACAAACAAAACUUUGGUUUUUUAUAACUGAAUUUUACAACAAUAAAAGCAAAUAUGGUUUUUUAACACUACAUUUUACAACAACAAUAAAAAAUUGGGGGUAGUAAAUGCAUUUUAUAACAACAAACACUAUUUUGGUUUUUAAAACUGUAUUUUGCAACCACGAACACAAAAUAGUUUCCUUAUAACCGCGUUUUAAAACAACAAACAGAUUUUUUUAUAACUGCAUUUUACAACAAAUCUGGUUUUUAUAGCUUCAUUUUACAACAAAAAACAGAAAUUUGGUUUUUUGUAACUGCAUUUUACAAUAACAAAAACAAGUUUAGUUUUUUACAACUUCAUUUUACAGCAACGAAGAGAAAUUUCUUAUUUAUAACUGCAUUUUACAACAAAUCUGGUUUUUAUAGCUUCAUUUCACAACAAAAAACAGAAAUUUGGUUUUUUAUAACUGCAUUUUACAAUAACAAAAACAAGUUUAGUUUUUUACAACUUCAUUUUACAACAACGAAGAGAAAUUUCUUAUUUAUAGCUUCAUUUUACAACAGGAACUGCUUUUUUAUUACUUGAUUUUACAACAAUAAAAACGGUUUUUUUGAAUAACUUCGUUUUACAACAGUAGCAUCAAAUUUGUGUAUCUUUAGUUUUGUGAAAUAUUUGAAUUAUUAGGAAUGCUCUGUUCAGUUGGCGUUAGCUUUAAAGCCGUUACGUUGCUUUUUUUUUUGUUUUCGUUGUUAAUACGAAACGUAAAGCUACAGUUUUGAAUCUUGAAAGUUUACUUUUGAAAGAAAAUUCACUGAUAAAUAAAAGGAACUGUUAUUUCAUCUCUUUUACAACAGCAAGCAAAACUGAAUUUAAAAAAUUAAAAAUUAAAAAAUUAAUUAAAUUUACAAUAAAAACUGUAUUUAAAUGUAAAGUCGCGGUUGACAAAUGCAAAACAUACAAACAAAAAAUAAAAAAACUAUAUAUAUGUAUGUAUGUCAAAAAGUUCCUAUGUUUUUAAAACUCAUACACAAUAACAACAAUAGCGAAAAUACCUGAUGGAAAUUCCCCGCAAUGCAGCAACAACAAGCAUGACAUCUUAUUUAACUCAGAUUCUUUUCUUUUUUUGGGUUAGAUUUUUUUCGUUUGUUUUUGAAUGCAAAAAAAUAUAUUGCUAGCUCACGUUUUUUCCUUUUUUUGUAUUUAUACAUGUUUUUGUUGGUUUUUUCCUGUUUUUUGUUUUUGAAUUCAGAAACUGAAAUUGAUACAGUUGAACGAAAAUAUUAUUGCGUUGAAUUUUAAAUAGCAAGAAAUACUCGUUUCUAAACAAAACUUAUUGUUCACCUCAAACUUUAGUGAAAGUCAUUGAAGAGCUUUUUUUCUGGAAAUACAUUGACGCUAUAUCUACAUAUGUGCAUACUAGUAUGUGUGUAUGUGCAUAGAAGUGUACCUACACAUUUCUCAAUUUUUAGGCAAAACUUUGUAUAUUAUUCUCGGUAGCUGUGUGCCUAUAAAUACAUACAUACAUAUGUACAUACACAUACAUAUCUUACGAUAUUGGAAACGCUAUUCCUGCAAAAGAAAAAAAACAAACAACAAGCAUACUUUUAUGUCAAAAUGAUAGUAACACAAGUAAACACAAACACACAAACUCACACAUAAACACGAAACACACUUACAAAAUAUUUAUCUACAUGCACAUACAUGUAUGGAAAUGCGUAUGAAAUCUAUAUUUAACUUGUCUACCUAUAUACUAUACAUACGUAUGUAUUCUACAUAUAUACACAUUAUAUAUAUAUAUAUACAUAUAUACAUAGACAUACAUAUAUGCAAAUAGUUUCACGUCUUAUGUCUCAAUAUUUUUCCAUUUUUCGUAUAUUAUAUUUACUCAAGAACUAUGUAAUUAGUAUGUGUGUCUUUACUACUACUUAUACGAGUGCAUGCAGCAGUCAAACUACUUGAAUUGUCAGCGAAAAAAAAACCAAAUGAAAACAAGAACAAAAGCAGCUAAAAAACAUUAGUGCAGAUUUGAUUAUAUGAAAGUCUACACAAAACUUAUGGAAAAUAGUCCACAACUGGAGACACUACAAACAGACAUACAUAGACGCACACCUACACACAUACACACAUACAUGCAUACAUACUUAUGUAUCAUAUUUCCUACACACAUACAGACAUGUUUAUAGUGUUUAUAGCAACACAUACAUACAUACAUGUGUGUUUUGUAUGUAUAGAAAAGAAAUAUAAUUACAAAAACAAAAAAACAACAUCUAAAUUUGUGACGAAAUCAAUGGUGGUCAAAAGCUAAGCCAGAAUCGUAAAAACUACCGCUAUCAAUAAGAAAUUAAUAUGAAAUAUACAAACACAAAAACAAAACAUACCACUAGAUCCCAACAACAAUUUAGAAAAACUAAAACAAAAAAAAAACAAAAUCUAAGAAAAAAUACAUUUUCGUAUUAAAAUAUAACACAAUUUAAGAUUUACACAAGAGGAAGCAGAGUUUAUUUGAGGUUAUAUUAAAGCAGAAACAAAACAAACAAAAAAAAUCAAAAAGCAAAAACAAAAAAUAUUAUAUAAAAAAUAAUAAAUGUAUUCAUUUCGAGCUUUUUGCUUAAACUACGAUAAUUGAAGAAAAGUUGAAAGCAAAAGCAAAAGUAAAUAAAUCAAAGCAAACGCAAAGAAAAGGCAAAGUGGGAGUCUGGUGAAAGCAGCAAAUGCGGCAAAACAAUUGGCUUUUGAAAGCAAAUUAAAAAAAAAUUUUAAAACAAAAACAACAAUUAUUGCAGUAAAGAAACACUUUCGAAAUGAUGGUGGAAAAAUGUUUUGCGCAAAUAAUUGAAAAAAAUUAAAAUGUGUGUAUGUAGUUACGAAAAUCAUGCAUGAAAUGAAAAGAAAAUAAGGAAAUAUUUGUUAUGUUAAAUUUUUGAAUAAUUAUUAAUUAUUUAUAAUCAAUUAAUUAUUGCACUAAAAAUCAACAAUGAAUAUUAAAAUGAAUUAAAAUGCUUAGACUAAAGGAGUAAACAAAAAAGACAGCGGAAGCAAUACGAAAUGUUAAAUUAAUUAUAACAAAAUUAAGACUCCCUUGAAGAUUGUAAAAAAAAAACAAAAACUAAAACAAAAUCUAUGUAUGCUACUACUGCAGCACUUCUUUCUUCUCGUUAUUAAUUUAUGUCACCACGUCCCCCCUCCCACAGUCGGGCUCCGCAUUCGUUGUUAAGAAAAGCGACUAUUACAUUUUAAAGAAAUACACUUUUGCUAUAAGUCAUACACAUUUUAUAAUUAUGAUUAUUAUUAUUAUUAUUAAUAUUAUGGUUGAUACUAUUACUACUUUUCAUAAUACCGUUAUACUAAGUUUGCUACACUUAAGUUGAAUGUUUUUUACAAUAAAAGCCCCACAGUCUGUGAAAUGGCGGAAUUUCUAUGCAUGAGAAUCUUUUCAGCUGAGCGCAAGCGAGUGGAGCCGCAGCAAGAAAGCAAAAACAAGAAAAACACAGAGUAAAAAAUUAUGAUAGAAAUAAAAAUUUAACAAAAAAUGCCACUUUAAGACUAAUUUCAAAAUAUUACUUCGAAAUUCGCUACAACAAAAUGAAAUAAAAAUGUUUAAAUCCAAACGUGGCAUUCUCUUCGCUAGGCACUCCAUUCUCAAAGCAAGAAACAAAAGCAGAAAAUAAGCAAAACUAAAUGAGAAAAAAGGCAACAAAGCAAAAAUCUUCAAAUUAUUAAUAAUUUAAUUAUUAAUAUUGAUACAUACAUACAUUUAAUAAGCAGCAUAGUAUUUGUUAAGUUUAAACGUAAUGAAUUUUUUGUCUAGUUUAAUGCGUAGCCACGUAAGGCGUACAUUUAAUUAAAAUUAAAGAAAAAAAUUAAGCAAAACAAAAAACAAAAAAUACAAAGCAAAUAAAAAUAAAAUAAUUAAUUAUAAAUGAUUUUUGUUGAAAUGGCAGUUGCAUAUUUAAAAUGAAAAAUGAAUAAAGAAAAACAUUGAAAACGCAAAUUUUGAGGGCGCGUAAGUUAGAUGAAAGAUCUAAAUGCAGUAUAAAAGCAAGUUCGAGUAACGUGCAAAGAUUCGCUAAAUGAUAAAUGAAAAAUGUAAUCCAAAUGUGGAGCAAAUGUGAAAGAUAUGAAUAAUAUGGAAAAUGGAAAUAUGAAAAAUAUGAAAAAUUUUGUUAGUUGCUUCUCUUCUAAUGAUCGAUGUGUGUGUAUUUCGGUACAGAUUUUUUUUGUUUUUUACUUACAUAUGUACAUGUGAAUGUAUGUUUGUAAAAAUUGCCUAGUUUUUUUAAGAAAUCUUCAAUUUACAAUUUUUUAGUUUUAAUUCAAACAAUUUUUUGUCUUUUCCGUUUAAGCAGAAAACAUUUUUUAUGAAUUCAUUGACACGUCGCAUAGUUGCACUUUAUAAAUGUAUCAAAUAUUUUACAUUAUUGCAUACAACUAUCAUUUUAUAGAUUUUUAUUUUAUUUCAAUUUCGAAAAACAAAAAUCUUCUUGUAUUUAUAAAUGGAACUAUUCUUAAAAAUAAAACAUAAAAUGUGUUGAAAAAAUA